UUCCCAGACCCUAAGCAAGGGGCUGGAGGGGAAGUGGAGAAGCCAGGACUAGAAUCAGUGUGCUGAUCACUGGGGUGGAGACUGCAUCUGGUACAGUAGCUCUCAUCACAUCUGGGUGGAGAUGAAGUUGUAAGCCUUGACCAUAGUGAUGGCAUCACAGCAUCUCUCCUCGUGCCCACAUCCUACCACUUCUGUCUUUGAGAUCACCUUUGCUGAAGUAUGUAUUCUGCUCUCUGCCUGUCUCCCCUACCUUGCACUCUGAUGUUUGUAUCUAAAAUUCCAUCUCCCAGGCCAUUCUGCUAUUGCUUCCCUAAGUGUUUUUUCAUUCUUUCCAUCUCUCCUUUUGAGUCCCUGUUAGGAUUUUGAUCAUCUGCUCCUGCUGUGUAAUGAGCAUUUAUUCACUGCUUGACUUUCACGUGCCAACCACUGGGCUGCCUGUUGGGCUCAGGACAUGGUGAGCCUUCUGCAGGAUGCUGUGUUCCUUCCUCCUUUGUCUCUUGCUGGUACCUGGUUAUGCUCAUGAUGACGAGUGGAUUGACCCCACGGACAUGCUUAACUAUGAUGCAGCUUCAGGAACAAUGAGAAAAUCUCAGAUGCAGUACGGCAGGUCAAAGAGUGAUGUCAGUCCUGACUUGUCCCAAGCUGAUGAAAUGGCCGAAUGUUAUCGCAAACUUGAUUCCUUAACUCAUAAGAUUGAUGACUGUGAAAAGAAGAAGAGAGAAGAGUAUGAAAGUCAGAGCAACCCUGUUUUUAGGAGAUACUUAAAUAAGGUUUUAAUUGAAGCCGGAAAGCUUGGACUUCCUGAUGAGAAUAAAGAAGACAUGCAUUAUGAUGCUGAGAUUAUCCUUAAAAGACAAACCCUGCUGGAAAUACAGAAGUUUCUUGGAGGGGAGGAAUGGAAACCAGGAGCCUUGGAUGACGCCCUCAGUGAUAUUUUAGUUAAAUUCAAGCUUCAUGAUUUUGAAGCCUGGAAGUGGCGAUUUGAAGACUCCUUUGGAGUGGACCCAUACAGUGUGUUUAUGGUGCUUCUGUGUCUGCUCUGCCUCGUGGUGUUAGUAGCUACCGAGCUGUGGACCUACAUCCGUUGGUACACCCAGUUGAAACGUGUUAUUGUCAUCAGUUUUUUCUUCAGUUUGGGAUGGAACUGGAUAUAUUUAUAUAAGCUCGCUUUUGCACAGCAUCAGGCGGAAGUUGCCAAAAUGGCGCCACUUGACGUCGUGUGUGCUGAGAAGAUGGACUGGGCGGGCAGUCUCUGGGAAUGGUGUAGAGGUAUAUGGACUCUUAAGGAUGACCCCUGCCAAAAAUACUACGAGCUAUUGUUAGUCAACCCUGUCUGGUUGGUCCCACCCACAAAGGCCCUGGCAGUCACAUUCAGCAAUUUUGUCACAGAGCCGUUAAAGCACGUUGGAAAAGCCACUGGCGAAUUUAUUAAAGCACUUAUGAAAGAGAUUCCAGUGUUACUUCAGAUUCCAGUGCUGAUAAUUAUGGCAUUAGCUGUACUGAGUUUCUGCUAUGGCGCUGGCAGGUCCGUGUAUGUGCUGAGACAUCUGGGUGGUCCUGAGACCGACCCUCCCCAGGCGCUUCAAGCAGGACAGAGAAGACCGUGGCAGAUCGAUUAUAGACCCCGUGGUGGAGCAGGUGAUGCAGGUUUCUAUGAUUGGGGCCCGACUGGCCGCCUUGAGCAUGACCCAUAUGACAGGACAUGUGAGGGUAGAAGAGACGUUCUGAGAGAGAGAGAUGCUGCUUUGAGAUUUCAGCCUGGCAACAGGAGCCCCGAAGUGCUCCGGGCGUUUGACUUUCCAGAUGCAGAGGCACAAGAGCACCCAAAGGUGGGACCCCGUCCUAAUUCAUCUAUUUUGGACGCAAAGCCUAAAGAGACUGGUGGAAUCCCAGGAGAUGGGACAGCAGCAGAAAGCAGUGUGGAAAGCAGCGAGUCUGCUGGGGCUGCCGCUGGGGCCGCGGGCGCUGCACUUGCAGGGGAGAAGGCUCAGCUCAAGCCUGAAGCUGAAGGCGGCCCUGGGGAAGGCAUUGGAGAAGGUGCGGUUGGUCCUGCAGCUGGAACACGUGGCAUGGAGGAUGCCAGCAACCCGUGUGGCUAGGAGGGCACUGGUGUGGGCAGCAGCUCGGAAGACUUCUCUGGGCUCUGUAUUCUCUCAGCAACUCUACUCUCUGAGUACUGUUAUUUACUGUUAUGGUGUCAACUAUAUACUCUGACAAUCAAUUCCCAAACACAUGUAUGUAUGUAAAAACCUCUAUUCAUCUCUUGAUGUGCAGAUACAGCCGUUAAGAUUCUCAUGUGUUUGUUUUGGGAUAGGCACUCAGAGUUGACAUUUAAUGAUGAACACAUAUAGUAGGCGUCACCAUCGCUGAUUCUGGAUACUGGAGGUGACUAGUUUGAGGAAGCAUUAGAAAGAAAUUGUGUUGUUUACAGGCAUUUAUAGGAAACAGCUAACCCAAGUGUGUGUUGUCCUGAGUAGUCAGGGAGACCUGCUGUAAUUAGAUUCAAAGGUCUCCAGUAUGAGAGACAAAAACCAUCCCUCUAGGGCACCUGCUUCGGCCGACCUUCUUCAUGUGUGCCCCAUGUCAGUCCUGCUGCCCUCCGCCGCCCUCACCGCCUCACCAGUGUGCCUUUGUAGUGUCCUGUCUCUGCAGCCAUUAUGGAGCCACCUGUCUUGUUCCUUUUACUGUAGGCCUAGCCAGGACAGAAUUGAAGAGAAGCAGAUACUGGAGCCUGCCGUAAUAGAAACCAAAGUUUUACAUACUCUGAAGACCAAGAUUGGCUUGACAGGCUGCCUGCCUUAUUCCUGACGACCUAGCACGGGAGGCCCUUGGGGCUCACAGUGUUUUAGUUUUGUCAUCAGAACUGGCCCGUGUGGAGCUCUGAUUUAAGAGAGCGAGGCAUGGAGAAGAGCAGGGUGGCCUCUCACUGCAGGUGGGCCAUGCAGCAGCAUUUCUAAUUCAAUUUUCUGGAUUCAAAAAGUCCUGCUCUUGAAACUUUUUAAAAAGCAAUUUACAAUUUUUGUAUGUGUUGCUAGUUGGUAGAUUUCACCCAUAAUCAAGUGUCCUCUGCUUUAAGCAAGUUCAGAGCAGAUGUUAUGUUAAUUACUGAAAGUGAUACCAGUCAGGAGUUAAACCUUAAAAUUUCUAUUCAGGCAUUUGUUUUAGGAAACAAAUUAUUUGCUUUUUUUGUUGUUGUUGUUUUAACAUGAAAAUACAGAAUGUUCCUUUUGGCCCCCCAAAGUGUUAUGUGUCUGUGAUGAUUUAAUGUUAACAUUAUUUUCUUGUUUAAUAGUGCAAAUUUCUUUAUUUUCAUCAGACCAGUAAUUAUUUUUUCCAAGAGAUAUAAAUGUAUUUUAAGAUUCACAGCACGGUAGGUUUACAACAAUUGAUAUAUGAAUAAAUGAAUGAUGAGUGAAUGACUGAAGAAUGAAUGCAAGGAUGCCAGCAGUUGAAAUGUGAGCCUGCUGACCGUGCCAAGCUGACCUGCCCGGGCAGUUUGCAGUACCGGCCUGUGUUUCCAGAGCGGGAGCUGCGCCUGGCGAGGAGUGCCUCGGGCUGCACUGUACCUGCGAGAGGGGCGCCUGCAGCCUGCACUGACACUGCUCUUAGUGGAUCCAAACAGAAUCACUGGGGCUGAAAAGCACUGCGACGGCUGGCAAAACAACAGGCUGUUGCCCUGGCACACACAGCUGUUCAGGGAAGACCUCCUUAGAGCAAAACGAACCUAGCAAGGCCAGCUGAAGGUUUGUGGAAUAGCCAACCCUUGUCUUCAAAUAAGGAUUACAAUAACAAAAUUACAAUGGAGAGAACAGUUGUUUGGAGCAGUUUCAAACUAGAAAUAAUGUUGAAUGUCUUCAAGGUGUAAUAACCAUUGUAUACACCAAAUAAACACAUUUUUACAUU